UUCCAGUUUCGUGUCGUGUAGUUUCCCACCAAUUGCAUCCAGUCGAGUUCUCAGUAAACAGGCCCUUAUUAUUUCUUUUGGUGUAGGUUUCUGAUUUUUGACUACAAACUCUCUACAUCACAAUCCUUUUAGCCGCCGCUCCGUCCUUUUUCUAUCAAUUCCCGGCCGUCGUUCCAUUGCAAUCUGUUGAUAAGACCUGGAUCUGUGGUUGUCUAUUGUUUGUGUUUCAUUUGUUUUAGUAAGCACUUAUUUGAAUCUGAACGUUGAGUUAGGCCGGAAAUGGCAGAGCAGAAAGUGAAUGAGCAAGAGGGAGUGAAGGGUGGAGAGUUGUUGUUCUGUGGGUGCACGUACUGGGACGCUAUUGGUCGGCGUAAAGUGUCUCCGGAGCACAAUCUGAUUUCUCCGUCUAGGCUCCGACCACUCGUAGGCGUCAAUAUUUGCUUUGUUGCUGCUGGCUGUGCUUCAUGUCAUUGUGUUGCGCUGGAUACUGAAGGCCGUUGUUAUACAUGGGGGCGAAAUGAGAAGGGGCAACUUGGUCAUGGAGAUAAAAUUACACGGGACAGACCAACAGUUGUUUCAGAACUCUCAAAGCAUAAAAUUAUCAGAGCAGGAUCUGGAAGGAGCCAUACAGUAGUUGUUACUGAUGAUGGGCUCUCUUUCUCAUUUGGAUGGAAUAAACACGGACAGCUAGGGACUGGUUCUGUUAGAAAUGAAAUUGAGCAUUCUCCUGUACGUUGCCUUGUAUCUGAAGCAAAAACAACUUCUUGUGGGGCUGAUUUUACUGUGUGGCUAACUUCGGUUGAAGGAUCUUCUAUAUUAACUGCUGGUCUGCCGCAGUAUGGUCAACUUGGUCAUGGCACUGACAAUGAGCACAACACCAAAGAUAGUUCAGUGAGGCUUGUAUAUGAACCUCAACCGAAACCCAAAGCAAUAUCUGCCUUUUCUGGAGAAACCAUAGUUAAAGUGGCUUGCGGUUCAAACCACACAGUUGCUGUUGAUGCCAAUGGAUUUGUUUAUACCUGGGGCUUUGGUGGCUAUGGAAGGCUUGGACAUAGAGAGCAGAAGGAUGAGUGGGUCCCACGACGUCUUGAUAGUUUUACCAGGCAAAACGUCCUCCCUCCAGAUGCUGUGCUCUCAGCUGGCUCUCUUAACUCAUCUUGCACAGCUGGGGGAGGUCAACUAUACAUGUGGGGGAAAAUAAAGGUCACAGGGGAUGACUGGAUGUAUCCUAAAGCUCAAAUGGAUCUAAGUGGGUGGAACUUGCGUUGUAUGGAUUCGGGGAAUAUGCAUCACUUUGUUGGUGCUGAUUCCUCUUGUAUAAGCUGGGGGCAUGCACAAUCAGGGGAGCUUGGUUACGGCCCUAAUGCUCAAAAAUCAUCUGCAGUUCCUAAAAAGGUGGACAUCCUAGAUGGCAUGCAUGUUCUCAGUGUUGCUUGUGGAUUUUCCCACUCCAUGAUAGUUGUUGACAGGGCAAAUGUUGGUGAUAAAUUGGACCAGCUUGAAGUAUAUGAUGGCAAGAUUUCUGAAGAAGGACCAGAUAAUGAAACUCCAGUCACUGAAAAACCUCCUCCAAAAGUGGCUACCAGAAAGUUGGCUGCUGCCCCAAAGUCCAAAAAGAGGAUGAAGUCUAAUGAUUCAUCAUCAGAUUCAGGGGGAGGUGGUGACGAUGAAAACGGGCAUAGUGAUGAUGACAGUGAAGAAGGAUCUAAUGGACAAAAAGCUGCUGCUGGUAAUGGUAAGAAGAAGAGUGGCAGCAAAUCUACUCGUGGGAGAAAGGCAGCCAGUAGUGACAAACCAAAGGGUUCGGGGAAAAGAGGAAGACCAAGAAAAACCACCGAGUAGUGCCCGAUCUAUUGUCCACCUUAUUAGCAAUUAGCAAUAUCUUUAUAGAUCUCAAAUGUACUCAUUCCUUCAAUUACUUUAUACUUUUGUUUCAUUUUUAGAAAGUUUAUUUAUUUAGUCUAUUUUAACAUUUUAGAAACAUUGAAAUUUGACUGGUGUCAUACUGUCAUGUAAAAAUAGUCUAACACAUUGUGCCUGUCACUCCGGUCAGAGUCGGCUAGUAUUUGGAACAUGAGAGGGAGUAGGUGAAAAUUCCUCA